AUGUUGAAAAAGUGUUUCGGCAACGAUACUCUAGAGAAAACAGUCGUUUACCAGUGGCACGAACGUUUCAGAAGUGGUCGUAAGUCCGUCAAAGAUGACAAACGCAGUGGCAGGCCGUCAACAUCGAAAACCGACGAAAACGUCGAUAAAGUGAAAGAAAUGGUGGUCAAGAACCGCAAAUUAACCAUCAGAGAGCUAGCAGAGGACUUGAACAUUGCUUAUAGAUCCGUUCAAGACGUUUUAGUUAAUGAUUUGGGUUUCCGCCGUGUUGCAGCAAAGUUGGUACCAAAAGACCUGAAUUUUUUGCAAAAAAGGGACCGCGUUGACAUCGCAAAAGACAUGAUUUCCAAGGCUGAAUCCGACUCAACAUUCAUCAAACGCAUCAUUACUGGAGACGAGACGUGGGUUUAUGAAUACGACACGCAAUCUAGACAUCAGGCGAGUGAAUGGCGUGCACUCAAUGAGCCCAGACCGAAAAAACUACGCCGUUUUCAAUCAAAAAAGAAGGCGAUGCUCACGGUUUUCAUGGAUUACGACGGCGUUGUGCAUCAAAUUCUUGCCACAAGGUCAGACAGUAAACAAGGAGUAUUAUUUGGGCGUUACGAGACGGUUGCGUGA